UGAAUUGGAUAACCAUGUUUUACAUUUGAUUCAAUCACAGCCAACCAUGCACGCUUUGGUAUGUCCACACCCCUUUUUCGUCGGCUAAAAGUGGCACAAAGACGCGCUGGCUUUAGGACUUUUUUCCAAGUUUGGUCUUCCCCUUUAAAAGUAUGCAGCCCUAGCGGUGAUCAUUGGACUGAAAACUCUGCGGAGGGGAAGAUGAGAAUGAAAUAGCUUGAACAAGAAGCCGGGAUCAUGGCGGCACCGCUCGGGCGGGACACUCUACCUGACCACUGGUCCUAUGGAGUUUAUCGAGAUGGCAGGGUCUUCUUCAUCAAUGAUAAAACUCACAGCACUACUUGGCUCCAUCCCCGUACGGGUGAACCUGUCAACUCUGGACACAUGAUACGAUCAGAUUUACCACUGGGAUGGGAAGAAGGAUUCUCGGACGAGGGGGCCAGCUACUUCAUUAACCAUAACCAGAAGAGCACGUCGUUCCGACACCCUGUGACUGGACAGAUAUCUCCAGAAAACACUGAAUAUAUGCUCCACGACAAGACAGAGUCCCGGGGCAUGUCCAAGCCACUGCCACCGGUCAGUCAGAGGCCCCCCAGCAUGGUCAGCCAGACUUCCAAGGCUGUGACCUCAUCAACAGUGGAUGUCACCCCAGGGUCAAAGCCGCAGGGCUCUAGGAGUAGUGGCAAGGUACACAGCUUCGGCAAGAGGGACCAAGCCAUCAAGAGGAACCCCAAUAUCCCUGUGGUGGUCAGGGGAUGGCUCUACAAACAGGACAGCUCUGGAAUGAGACUGUGGAAGAGGAAGUGGUUUGUGUUGUCUGACUACUGCUUGUUUUAUUACAAAGACAGCAGAGAGGAGAUGGUUUUGGGGAGCAUCCCCCUGCCCAGUUAUGUCAUCGCCCCUGUGGAGCCUGAUGACCACAUCAGCCGCAAGUAUGCCUUCAAGGCGAGCCACACAGGAAUGCGCUCCUACAUUUACAAUAAGAACUCUGUGAUUGGCUCGCAGGCAGAGCACGGUGGGAUGAGGACGUACUUCUUCAGUGCCGACACCCAGGAGGACAUGAAUGGUUGGAUCCGAGCCAUGAACCAGGCUGCUCUCAUGCAGAGUCAAGGCAUCAAGAGAGAGACAGUCACAGAGAGACCAGAAAUGUCAGUGCAGCAGGCAGUACCACAGACCAACCACGUUAACAACAACACCAGUAAGAGCCCCUCCCAGUCGCGUUCAGGGAGCCUCCAGCGGCCCGAGAGAGAUGAGCCUCCGGAGGGGGAGAUCCGACUGAGCCAGGGGGACGAGGAGAGGUACGUGUUGGAGGCUCCUAGAAAGCUCAGCCAUCCAGCCACGGAGGUAGAGGUGGACAGGCUCUCCCCAGACACUCUCCCUGGGCCCUCACACCCCAGGAAUGGCCAGGCCCACAAAGUCCUCGCCACGCUGCCCCCUGAGCAGAAUGGGAACGUUGUGUAUAAGAGGGGCCUUGUCCCACGGACAGCCACAGAGAAGCAGGUGCAGAGGAAGACUGCUCUGGCUCAGGUGGAGCACUGGGUCAAUGUACAGAAGGGAGAUCCCAAGAGCAACACAUCUACUACUGAGUACUCCCUCCCCCUCCCUCGGCGGACCCCUCCCCUGCAGCCUAAGGCCGUGGUAGUAGAGGCCUACCAGACAUUGCCAAAGCCCCCCAGACUCCCGUCUGGCGGGAGCUCCCCUUCGGCGCCCCGCAACCUGCCCAGCGACUACAAAUACGCCCACGACCGGCUCAGCCACUUCCGCAUGUCCACCGAUGAGCGCAUGGCCACCAAGGAGGGCAUGGUGUGGCAGCUGUAUGAGUGGCAGCAGCGUCAGCAGUUCCGCCACGGCAGCCCCACGGCGCCCAUCUACACCGGGCCAGACUUUCUGGACACCUCCUCCUUCAGGGUCACUGUGGAGAUGCCUCGCUCCAUCUCUGUGCCCCCUUCCCCCUGUGAAGUCCCCCCAUCUGUCCCCACCUUCAAACCACUGUCCCCCCACAGGCCACACACCCCCUCAGACAGGGUGACAGUCAGGCCGCUGGAUGAGGUGCCACCUGGGGAGUCGCCCACCGGCUCCAGUUCUCCUAGACGGGUGUUUUCUCAGCUUUCUAAGACUAGUCAGCUGGAGAGACGGUCAAUGCCAGCCAUGGGCUACAUCACACACACAGUCAGCGCACCAAGCUUGCAUGGGAAAACGCCGGAGGAGUUGACCCUGCUGCUCAUUCAGCUCAGGAGUCACCAGGCCAAGAUGGCUGGUGUCCACGGCGACGCCCUCCACCACCUACAUCACAACGGCCUCCUAGGCCCCAGCCUGCAGGCAGAUGAUACUUACAUGCAACUGAAGAAGGACCUGGAUUAUCUAGAUCUGAAGGUGGGCCCCAAGAGAAAAGAUCAUAUCAACAGUAUUGACCCGUUGAUCGUUAUGGUACACAAUGUGUUAGAAAACACCCCUCCAGGUUUUGGGUCCAGUUGGAAUGUUACAGGCCGUGAAACUCUAAAAGGCAGACCAUCGAGACCUGUUCAGAUAGCAGAGAGCGAUGUUGAUGUGAAGUUAAGCCGACUGUGUGAACAAGACAAGAUCCUUCAGGAGCUGGAAACAACGAUACGCACGCUCAAGGAAGACAAGUUCAAGUUGGAGUCCGUGCUGGACGUGUCCCACCAGCAGAUGGAGCAGUACCGGGACCAGCCGGCCCACCAGGAGAAGAUAUCCUACCAGCAGAGACUACUGCAGGAGGACGUGGUGCACAUCAGAGCUAAGAUCUCUCAGGUGUCCACGGAGAUGGAGAAUGCGUGGAAUGAGUACAUCAGCCUGGAGAGAAAUGUAGACUGGUUGAGGACAGCUCUGGAGGGCCAGAUGAACCGCAGUGGUCUCUCUCAGAAGGAGAAGUCCCAGUUCAAGAGGGAGUUGUGGAGGAUUGAAGACGUAAUAGCAGGCCUCAGCUCCAGCAAAGCCAACUACCAAGUCACCAUCUCCUCUGUGACCAACCCAGAGAGAAAACUUGUGCCUUCCGUGUCGCCAUCGUCAGUGCCUUCUCUGUCUGCCAGUCCCUCCCUGGGAGAGAUGAGACUGGCCCAGCAGCACAGCCCCCACCUCAGCCCCACAACCCCCACCUCCACCCAGCACACCACCACAGCCCUCCCCAUAUCUGUGUCAAAAUGGGCAAAUGAGGGCGCCCCUCCCCGACCACCACUACCUCAGCUAUACAGUCCUGAGGACCACGCCCCCGCCGUGCCUCCGCUGCCCAGGGAAAGCAGCGUCAUCAGACACACAUCUGUACGAGGCCUCAAACGGCAGUCUGACGAACGCAAGCGGGACAGGGAGAUCGGCCAAUACACCAACGAAGACAACAAGGUGGAGCUGCGCACCUUCCUGAGUGAACCUGAGCUUCUGGGAGUGGGAGGGUCUGGUCACGUGAGGAUGGGGGCCUUGGGGCAUGAUGGUGGCUACCAGACCCUGCCAAGCAGAGGGCCGGCUGGCUCCUCAUCCAGGCUAAAUCAGUCCACCAACAUCUCCUCAUAUGUUACCCUCCGAAGAGGAGCCUCAGCCGCCUCAGGCCUGAAGGAGAGACCAAAGAGUGCCUUGGAGCGUCUGUACUCUGGGGAUGUGCUGCAGCAGCAGAGCAGGGGGAGGAUGAGUGCUGAGGAGCAGCUGCAGAGGAUGAAGAGGCACCAGAAAGCUCUGGUCCGCCAGCGCAAGAGGACCCUGAGUCAAGGAGAACGCCAGACCUCUUCAUCACGAGCCUCCUCCUCCUCAUCAUCACAGCAACGCCCCAUUUCUGCAGACAUGGGCUCAUGGAGGCGAGAGCAGGAGUUUGACCUGCAGUUGCUGGAGCGGGCUGUGCAGGGGGAGGAGGCGCGGGGUGUGGUCCAGGGUGAGGAGUGUCCAGCAGAGCACAGUGAUAGACCUCGGUCCCAGUCAGAUGAGUGGCUGACCCUCCGCUCUACAGCCACGUCCACACUUACCCAGGAGGUGGAUCUGGAGACGCUGGACUAUGACCUGGACCUCAGCCGAGAGCUGGCCAAACCUCAGAAGGUGUUAAUCCCUGAGCGCUACAUAGACCCAGAGCCUGAGGAACCUCUCAGCCCUCAGGAGGUGGAGGCUCGCCAUCGCAACAUGGAGCGCAUCAAGAACAUUCUGGCCAAGUCCAGUGUUCAGAUCCUGGCGGGGCCCUCUGUGGCGGUGGACCAGCCAGAGGUGGUGGGUCUGGACUCAGCCCUACUGAAUCAGGAGAGGAUCAUCACCAUGUCUUACGCACUGGCCUCAGAGGCCUCCCUCAAGAGCAAGCAGGUCGCAGUAGUACCACUGCAACCUAACAUCCCCACCGUGCCUCCUCCUCCACCUCCUCCUCCACCUCCUCCUCCUCUUCCUCCUGUCUCUCAGGCACCUCCCCCUCCUCCUCCUCCUCUAAGCAACGGAUUUCACUUCUCGUUUGUCUAAUCAGAGAAAACAAAGUAAGGACUAACAGCAUGCUAAUGGUAUUGAGGUUUCACUAAUUCUCCCUAACAUGGGUGCUGCUUCACACCUCUCUGUCUGCAUGAUCACCGCACUGUUGUAAUUCAGAAGGUAGUAGAUCACCCCUCUCAUUACCGUCAGCAUAACUACACAGGCAGCCAGCUAAUCUCAAUGUGCUAAUUGUCUGUAAAUUGUUUUUGUAACUUUAUCUAAAAUGUGUGUUGGCCAGGGUAAGGGGGCAACACAAAUGCCACUAGCUAUGUGAGCAUUGUGUGCAAUUAACAAAGAAGUGAGACACCUUUUGCUUCAGCACCUUGACAGUGGAACAAGUGUUCACAGCUGCAUUCCACAACACCAAUUAUCCCACCAUCUGUAGACUGCUAACAGUAUUCACCAAAACAUGUAGAACAGGGAGAAAAAUUAAAGUGACACUAUUUUUAAUGUGCAAACACAUUGGGACUGAUCAUGAUACCGUGUGAGUGUGUCCAGUUAACUUUGGCCUGUGGCACUCUCAGGCUCUCUACUGUACUGGCUCAAUCAUGCACCAUCUGUUGGCUAUCCUUGACUACUAACCCGAUCCCCUUCCUUAUCCAUGGCACUCUGCAAUAUGUGUGGGACUGUGUGCAUGUCUUUGUGUAUAUUUUGGUGUCUUCUACCUUGUUGGUGUCUAUCAACAACCCUGUCCUAUUUCCUUCCUCAUCUAUGUGUGCUGCUCACCUGAAAGGGUCGGGGUCAGAGGUUAUGAUGUAUGGACAUUUGGAAAUGCCUUAUUCCCUAUAUAGUGCUCUACUUUUGACCAGGACCCAUAGGGCCUAUGUAGUGAAUAGGAUGCUAUUUGGGACGCAGACAAUAUAUUUGGAGAUGGUUCAGUAUGCACAGCCAAGCCUACAAUCUGCACUUACAUACAUAUAUAUUUGGAGAUGGUUCAGUAUGCACAGCCAAGCCUACAAUCUGCACUUACAUACAUAUAUAUUUGGAGAUGGUUCAGUAUGCACAGCCAAGCCUACAAUCUGCACUUACAUACAUAUAUAUUUGGAAAGGAAAUUGUUGUAGAGUAAACGACAGCUAUGUUUGUUUCCAAAGGAUACCUAAAGAUACAGCUCCUGUAUGUGUUCAGCUAUGUUUGUUUCCAAAGGAUACCUAAAGAUACAGCCCCUGUAUGUGUUCAGCUAUGUUUGUUUCCAAAGGAUACCUAAAGAUACAGCCCCUGUAUGUGUUCAGCUAUGUUUGUUUCCAAAGGAUACCUAAAGAUACAGCUCCUGUAUGUGUUCAGCUAUGUUUGUUUCCAAAGGAUACCUAAAGAUACAGCCCCUGUAUGUGUUCAGCUAUGUUUGUUUCCAAAGGAUACCUAAAGAUACAGCUCCUGUAUGUGUUCAGCUAUGUUUGUUUCCAAAGGAUACCUAAAGAUACAGCCCCUGUAUGUGUUCAGCUAUGUUUGUUUCCAAAGGAUACCUAAAGAUACAGCCCCUGUAUGUGUUCAGCUAUGUUUGUUUCCAAAGGAUACCUAAAGAUACAGCUCCUGUAUGUGUUCAGCUAUGUUUGUUUCCAAAGGAUACCUAAAGAUACAGCUCCUGUGUUCUAAAAGAAACAAACGGUGUUCACUGAAUCAGUCUCACACACAGUAUGAUGUUGUUAGAUGACUGUUGUUGUCACCGCUUGGUUUAACAGUACACUGUAGCAUUUCAUUCAGUUGCUUCAAGUUUGUUGUGAUGUGAGUUGAGUUUGAGGGAAAAAAUGACACAACAUUUUUCCACUAUAUGACAUGCUGUACAGAAAGACAGAGAGCAGAGAAUGUUUCCCAGUUCACAAUGUAGUUUUUAUUUUUAUUUUAUUUAACCAGGUAGGCUAGUUGAGAACAAGUUCUCAUUUGCAACUGCGACCGUGCCAAGAUAAAGCAAAGCAGUGUGACACAGAC